AUGCCCCAAAACGAAGAGGACCAAUAUCAUGACUUGAUAUUGGAGUUAACCUACCUCAAUGAAGAGCCCGAUUCUGUCGGGAAUAUUGAUGGGCUCGCUGGCGUCCAGCAGGAGUAUGAGGACUUGGUAAACGAGGAUAUUCACCUUGUAGAGCCUUCUUCCAUCGCAGAGCCGCCUCUCCCUCUCCCCGACAAAUCGCCCGGGCCCCCCGUUGUUGGAUCAUCAGUGUCCACGUCUCUCCUGGGCCGAUUUUCACGCGUCCACUGUCAACCCCCAAGCCCCUCCAUCUCCCCCAGCGAACUGUCAUCCGCGCCCGAACAACUACCGGCGCGCACCACGUCUUCAGACCGUAUCACGCGCAACGCAGCCCCUUCUGAUUCCCACCUCCCGCACACAACCCUACUUCUGGGAAAGCGCUCUCGUACGUCCUCGCAUGCCGAAGACAACGGCAGGCGACAGAAGGCGCGGAGGCGCGAUGACCAAAGUGAUUCGGACUCGGAUUGGGAGCCACGCGCGGUCGCUCGCCGUACCCGCUCUACGACGCGUAUUACCUCAAGACGCGGCAGUGCACCUCGUACUUCCACGACGCGCCCCACGCCCCGCAGUCGGCCACAGGGUACUACUAAGGGUCGUCAGCCAGCGGUCCGAGGUGGCGCACACGGCGGCAGCGCACCUACUAAGUCGGUAACAGGCAGUACUCUGCAUGAUAAACGACACGGCAGAACCUCCGCGAGCGACUUCACAUCCAAGAGACCACUUGGUCGCCAUUCACUCUCAGAUGGCAGCCAUGGCCUAAGUGCCUCGGCUGCACAUGCGCAACUCAUUUCCUCUCGGAAAUCGUCCGCGGAGGUAGACUCGGACGAGACGAUGUCUUCACUCAGUGACAUCUCGAGUUCGACCCUUCCCACUCCACCUCCCAUGGAGCUCCAAUAUCCAGUCACCGAUAUCGAGAAGCACGACACGACUUACUUCGACCUUCUCAAGGAGCGAACGAGCAAGAUCAAAGCUCGGCAUCUCAUAAAGCAUGGCGCCUCAUCCGAUCCUCGUGCACCCCGACGCGCGCUCCCCACAACCGUGCCACCAUCUCAUGGCAGACACCAUACCGUGAAUACCGAACUCGAGGGUGAUACCGAAGGCACCACAGACUCGGACGGCGUUGAUGGAGAUUACGAAGAGGAUAUCGACUCUUCUGCUCCUCCUACUCGGCGGCCGCUACCACCGCGACGAAAGGGGCAGACGACCAGCAUGAAGCACAAGCGCAUGCCCCGCACGGGAAAGAAGACGACCUCCCGCCGAAGGUCUGCGAAGAGCGCCACCGCCGAACGGCACACCUACUUCAGGCCCGACGGAAAGGAGUACGAGUACACCCGCGGCUGGUCCGACGCUCGACGUAAGAUGCUCAAAUACGUACACGGACCGUUGUGGUGUCUCUUCUGCCAGGAAACGGCGCCGGCGCCGGAGGGCAAUUGGUCGCAGUUUUCGCGCGUGAGGGACUCACCGAAGCGGCAUCUCGAGACUUGCCCGUCCUUCAAGAACAGCAGAUGGUACAAGAGGAAGGCGCAGAAGGGUAUUCGCCACGAACAUGUCGUGAAGGCUGCCCUCGAUGAGCGGAAGGCCGCGGGCUCGAUUAUCCGAUGCCCCAACGACGUCAUACAGCAAACCCGGUUGGCGAAGUAUCAUUUCACGCAUGGGGAGGUUCUCCACGAGCUUUGGCGACUGUCUACAGUGUUCAAGGAUGUUGACUGUGACUGCUGCGACCUUCCACUCUACUCCGAGUUCUGCCAGGAGCUCUAG